UAAACUGUAUAUUAUAAAAAGUUUUAUUUUGAUUUAUAAUAAUAUUAUACUUAUCCACGUUACCUAAAACGGAACGUUUUGUAAACAAGUUCAAACAAGUCACCGCAAAAUUUAAAUUUUGAGUUACUUAUGUACCUGCGGUAAUGUCGAGUUUCAAGUUUUGUAUUUUUUUUAAUUAGAUCUUUUUGAUAUGUUCAAUGAAAUCAUUUGUUUUUCUCAAUAUUUUGUAAACAAACAAAAUGUGCGAUCAUACAGUUGUGUUCUUAAAUCAAAUCUAUUGAAGAAAGAAGAUGCGGUUUUACACAAACACUUGUUUGAAGAUGAUUCUUUGGUUACGGACCUAACGCCGGAAUUUAAUAAUAUUUUAUUGAAGUUGAAGAAUAAUUUAAGACUAAAAUCAAAGAAUGAUUUCAGAGACAUUUUUACUUGUGAUAAAUUAAAAUCAGAGUUACAAUUUGUUAAUAAAAAAGAUGUUUUCACAGAUGCGUGGAAAUGCUUAAAUGAAAUAAUCCCGAAAGAAUUUUAUGGACAUAACAAAAAUUUUAAAAUAUUCCACCAAUUAAUCGAAAUAGUUAUUUACAGCAUGAAAUAUCAGCAUUUUAAUCUGAUCAGAUAUAUUGAAAAAUGGAAUUUUUGUACUUAUCCUUGGAAAAAUCUUCCACAAAUAACAUCAAAACAGAUUUUAUAUAAAAUUAUUAAAUGGAUAAUUCAAUAUAUUUUAUCACCAGUUAUCUGCAUUAAUUUUUAUGUCACCACAUGUAAAAUGGAUGCAGAUGAAAACAAACUAUACUUUUUCUGGAAACAUCAGUGGCAAAGCUUCUAUGACAAAAAAAUUGCUAGUCUAAUCCUUACUAAAACUAUUCUAAAGUAUGAUCCCUUUUCCAUGACCAAGAAAAUGAAAAAUAACUACAGUCUUUGUAGAAGGAAGGAAAUAAACAUGUUAAAAAAAGAUAUACCAAAACUGAGCAUUAUUUUAAAACCAAAUAAUGACUGCAGACCUAUAGUCCAAUAUAAAAAUAAGUUACAGACUAAUGCAGAAAAAUAUAGAAUCAAAGAAAGAUUAUUUUUUUUGAAAAUAUUAACUGGAAAAACAAAUAAGAAGAUUGAAUAUGAAUUUGGAACAUUGUAUGCAAAAUGGAUUGAAUUGAAUAAGCCCAAAGUGUACUUUGUCAAGACUGAUUUAAGUAAUGCUUUUGGAUCUAUUGAUACAAAUAGAUUGAUGAAAAUUUUGCAAGAAAGACAUUUGAGCUGUCAAAAAUCUGAGAAAAAUGCAUAUGCAAAGAAAAAACUUGCUCAGCAAUGCAGAGACAUGAUUGCAGAGUUGAGGAAACCAAUUUUCAUCCGUUCUGGUUCAACAGUUUUUGAAUGGAAAAAAGGCCUGGUACAAGGAUAUAAAUAUUCCCCAGCACUCUCUGACUUAUAUUACACACAUUUAGAUGAAAUUUAUUUUAAAGAACAUUUGGAGCCAGCCAGGCACCAAAUCAAGUUAUUUAUUAGAGUUGUAGAUGAUUAUUUGUACAUAACAGAUUCAUUGGAAGAUGCAAAUAAUUUUUUAAAAGCUUUAUCUAACUACAAAAAUGUUAAUUAUGAAAAGACCAUAGUUAAUUUUGAUCAUCCAAAUAUAAAAUAUUCAGAAGAAAUUACUUUCCUUGGAUAUACCUACAAUACCAUGAAUUGGCAUGUGAGCAGGGCAAAUAGUGUUUUUGUGGGACAAAUGUGUUACAAGAUUGCUUUUACUAGCGCAUUGUCGGACCCUUAUAAGUUUUUAGAGAACAGAAUUGGCCAGUCAGGAAUACAAGUAACAUGCCACAUAUUUAAUUUGGUCUAUAACACUGAAGAAAUGAUGUGGAGGCAUGUUUUUACAACAUUUUGUUUAUCAGCCAAUAAGUUCUGCACAAUUUAUGCAAUCAUUUGUAACAAGGAGAGUAUGAGGAAUUGUCUACAGGUUUAUAAGAAUAGAGUAACUGUGAAAUUAACUAACUCGAUUGUAGACACUUUGAUGAGAUUUAAACCUGCUGAUACAAAAUUUAUUUAUUGUAUUAACCAUUUCAGAUAUCUAUCAUGGUUGGCUUUAAGUUUAUGUGCUAAAAAAACUCUUAAAUGCACUGACAUGGUCCCACACAUUAAUGUUGAAAUGGCAAAAUCCAAUUGUAUUUUUGGUAAAUGGAAUGACCAUGCUAGUCAAAUUAGCAAAAGUGGUGAAGUUUUAAAACCAGCUGUGAAGGAAGUGUGUAGGAGAACUGAUUUUAGAGUAAUUUUUAAGACAUUUUAUUGUUUGCCAAAUGGGUUUGAGUGUUUUGAUCACAGAAUAAAAUGAUAUUUUUGUUAUAAAAGUUUUAUUUCUUAUACAAACUGUGGACAUCUUAAUUCUAAAAUACAAAACUCAGUCAAAAAACUGAAAAUGGAUGGAAAGUAUAACACAGUAAACUUAUUAAAUAUUAUAAACAUUACUCAAGGCACACAUGGACGGAUUUAAUAGCUGCUGAUAAAAAACCAUAUUUUUACUUAAAAUAAAAAGAUUAAGCUUAUAUAAUAAUUUAUCAACUAUGAUUGUAUUUAUUGCUACAGAUAAUAUCAAUAUAUUUAUAAAUGCAUACUAUUUUUUAUUUUACAUACACAUUAUUGAGUAGCUUAUUAGCUGCCCUCUACAAAAAGGUUAUAAUUAUUUUAUAUAUAGACUGGAAUGGAAAGACUUAUUACUAUUUUGAGAGUUAUAACAGUUCAAUAUUUGUAUAUAAAAAAAAAUAUUUUAAGUACUAAAAGAUACAACACUGUCACUGUAAUAUUUUAUGUCAUAUAUUGUUUAACAUAAUAGAUAUAAAAUAUAUUAUUGCUUUGAUUACUUAAACAUGAUUGGAAAAAGGGUUAACAUAAAAUUAUAGUAAGUAGUUACAAAUAACUGAGAAAUAAUAAUAAUACCUAAAGUUACAUAAUGUGGAAAUCAAAUGAUA